UUUUUUUUUGACACAAUUGACAAUAUCGACAAAUCACAGCUAUGGAAGGGCAAAAGGGAAUGCGUCGGCACACUGCUUCAUCGGUUGGUGCCGCGAUAGCCCGCGGAGUCGCAGCUGCUGCCCGGCGGUCCAUGUCUUUUUCAAGACCAAAGUUACACCUCGACACAAAGGGAGCGGCCCAAAUCGGCGAGAUAGAGCGAAGGAAGCAGGCAGAGGUCCUGAAAUCCGCUGGACGAUACAAAAAGGUUGUAGAUUGGUGCAAGGUGCAACAGAAAUCACCCGAUGGCGAGGAAAACAAUGUCGUGUGCUCUCCCCUGCAGGCCCUGUGUAUUGCGGCCGCUGCGGAAAGUCAAGCAGAACCGGCCAAAGUAUCUCCCACCAUCGUUCCUGAUAUACAGCGUUUGGACCUGCCAACCAUAUUACGAACGCCAAAGUCCAAAGGAUCUCCAGAGAUUCAAACGGCAAAGACUCAAACCCCAUCCCUGACAGACCUCCCUACCGAACUGAUCUACGCCAUCUCCACCCGAGCCGGUUUUUUCGGCGCACUACAGCUCAUGCGGACCUGCCGAACGAUACACACCCUCCUCUCCAAUCGAUCGGCGUGGACGGAUUACAUGGACCCCACCGCCUGUUCAGACGUGGUAGAAAACACAUUGACGAUCAUGACCCGAAUAACAACAUUUGACCACUUGCUGUUUGGGGUUUGGAGUGGUCCGCCAGAAGAGCAAGGUGGACAAAGAAUCAAGGACCUGCAGGUGUUUUUUGAGCACCGUAGCUUUAAUGAGGAAUAUGACUUUUUGGGAGGUGUCUCAGCAAAGGUUGGAAGGGCUGGGAUUGCGGAUGUGUCCUUUUUCGAUCACCGAGACACACUCUCUUGUUAUCAAUCUGAUCUUAAACAUCGAGUUCAAACAGGCCAAAUUCCUCCUUCCAUUCCUCCUCCGACACCUACAUUACCAUCUGCGACGACAGCAACAGCACCGUCAAACGUUACUUCACCUCUCGUUCCUGUCCCACGAGGUCUGAAAAUCCCGCACACCUGCACAACCUGCGCUCACUUUGAUACUCAAAAUAUCCUCAAAUCCAUUUGUCUGCUCGAUCACACCCACCACCCUUCUGUCAAUUCCCUUGAGAGUGCCAUAUCGUGGGAGUACACCCUUCCUGAUGGUCGUCGAAGGAUUAAAUUCAAAGUUUUGUCGUAUCAAGCACCCAUUGGUUUCGUAUCUAUGAAAGAGUUGCCGAUGGUACAUGUCAAUGAAGUGACAAUAAAUGGACGAAAAUUGAAAGGUUGGGCCUAUGAAUUUUUUUCCAAGGUUGUAAAUGGAUAAAGCGUAAAAUGUACAUAGCUUUGUAUUUGGAUUUUGUUUAGAUUGAGCUUUUAAUUUGUAGAUAGCUUUUGUAAAUAGUUUAUUGUUUAUUACUGAGCUAGUCUGGGCAGUUUACCGCUAGUGUACCUAGAGAUUGUUGCUUGUCCGUUUUUUUUUAAGCGACCAAGUCCCUUCGUCUACAAUACUAAUCUUCUGGAACAAG